AUGAAGCUAUCACUUCGCAAUACAUUUCUCUCUUAUACAUAUCUAACGAGUCUUCUGGUGCCACAAGCAUCAUGCAUUGGCUUCGUCAACACUCCCACAACCCGCGACCUACAUUUAGCGGCUUCGUUAGGGCUAAGUGCCGACGCCGUGCUAUUGGACCCUGUGAAUUUUCGCAAAAUGGUUGAUACAUCUUCUUCAAGGUCUAUACCAACUGAAUAUGUUGAUAUCCCAAUCGAUCAUAACAAUCACACCCUGGGCACAUAUCGUAAUAGGUAUUGGGUGUCAACCAAUUAUUAUCGCUCCGGUGGCCCCGUUUUUGUUUAUGAUGUCGGCGAGUCUUCAGCAUAUAGCUCAGCGCAGGGUAUGUUAGGUCAGUCGUCGUUUUUUAGGAGCUUUUUGGAAGAGUUUGGAGGCAUUGGUAUUGUUUGGGAACAUAGGUACUAUGGAGAUUCUCUACCAAUGGGCUCUAUAAAUGCAGAUACACCAGCGGAAAAUUUCCAAUACUUGACUCAUGCCCAAGCGAUAGCCGAUAUCCCAUACUUUGCCACAAAUUUCAGUCGAUCAGAGUUCCCCUCCGAGGAUUUAUCUCCCAAGGCGACACCAUGGAUCAUGAUCGGUGGGUCGUAUUCUGGCAUGAGAGCUGCAUUCACACGCAAUGAGUACCCUGAUACUAUCUACGCAGCUUAUGCAUCCUCGGCACCCGUGCAAGCGCAUGUUGAUAUGAGUAUCUAUUUCGAGCAGGUAUAUCGCGGAAUGGUUGCCAACGGGUAUGAAGGUUGUGCAAAUGAUUUGCAUGUAGCUAUGGGCUAUGUUGAUUCGCAAUUGGCACUGAACGGCUCCGCAAGCGAUGACGUGAAGAAGUUGUUUCUCGGAGAGGGAGGAGAGGUCAACUCUGAUGGUGAUUUUACCUCCGCUUUAGCCUAUAUAUAUGGCACCUUCCAGUCGUACGGGAUGGACGGAGGAGACAUCGGCCUGGGCUCGUUAUGUGACUGGAUGGAAGCCCAGCCAACCUCAACAAGGGCUGCAAGUAUAGCAACGACGACAGCAACUACUACAAAAAGAAGUGCCGAGAAGCCUAUCUCCAGAAUUCUCGGUAGACACAGAGUCUUUGUCCCAGAAAAUCAAGUGGAAGACCUGAUGGAUAAACCAAUACCGAUGCAAGCUACACCGACCCCAACGAGCGGUUGGGCUCCUUAUAUCGGAAAUCGAGCUGUGGCCGAAAGGCUAGCAUCAUGGCCUCAAUUGAUUCCGUUAAUAAACUCCUAUGCUGACACGGAAUGCAAUACCGAGACCGGUUCCGACUCUUGUGCUCUGGGUGGCAGACUCACCGAUGCAGCCUCUAUCAGCUGGACGUGGCAAUAUUGUUCUCAAUGGGGAUUUUUCCAAUCCGACAACAUGUUUCUAGAUCCUACCCACGGCCUUCUAUCUACCUAUCAGACACUGGCCUAUAACCAAGAGGUCUGCAAUCGCCAAUUCCCGGACGCUGUCGAUAAUGGCUUACUGCCGGCAUCUCCAGCCACAGAGGAAACAAAUGUUGAAACUGGAGGCUGGACAAUCCGGCCUUCAAAUACGUACUGGUCAGGUGGCGAAUUCGAUCCCUGGCGCACCUUAUCACCUUUGUCUACGGAAAGCUUUGCGCCGGACUUCGUCACGUUCAGGUCCGAUAUUCCACAAUGCAAUCGUGAGACGGCGGAAAGGGAGAUAUUUGGCUAUUCAUGGGAAGGUGUACAAAUACUAGCAUAUCUACGACGCAAAUUUGGAGAUAAGCAAGUCUCUGGGUUUAGUGACCUUCUGAGUAGGGAUUGUAAAUGGUAUUAG